GGAGGCUGGGGAGGGGAAGGCUGGCUGGAGGAGGGGAGGGGGCAGUGGCUGGGAGGUGGAGCUGGCUCUCGGGGCCGGCCGGCUGCUGCUGCUCCUGCUGCUGCCGCCGCCGUCUCCGCUGCCGCCGCUGGCCGCAGGCAGCUGGUGUCUCGGGCUCCUCUCUGGCUGCCGAGCAGAGGCAGCAGCAGCCGCUGCGCGGAGCGAGCGAGCCAGAACGGCGGGAGGCGGCGGCCGGGCAGCGCAAGCCCCGGAGAGCCAGUAGCGAGGCGCUGCGCCCGCGCUCCAGCCUUCGCCGCCGCCUUCUCCAGCCUUCUUCCCCCGCGCCCGCUGAGGCCGAGAGCUCCAACCUCAGCUCCAGCCCCAGCUCCGGCGCGAGCCGCCCCGAGCUCCCGGCAAGUUCGGCGGCGGCCCCGGCUGGCUCGUGGGCCCGUCCCUGGGAAAGUUUCCCCUGCGGCGGAGGCGGCUGCGGCGGCUGGAGCACGGGCUCCCGCUCUCCGGCUCCUCCUGCUCCUCCUGCUCCAGCUCUUGUGGCUGCUGCCGCUGCUCGAGGCUCCAGGAGAGGGUAGCGCGCGCCGGGUCGGGUCCGGUCCAGUCCGGGCGCUGCGGGCAGCCCCCGGAGCUGCUUAUCGGACUGCAGCCGCCGCUGCGGCCGCUGUGAAAGAGAUUAUCUUGGAGCCAGAGAUAAGGAAGAGAUCAGGGAUCUCCGGAGAAGGAGUCCAGAAUCCAGUACCCUAGGAGCCAAGGAGGUGUCUGGCGAGGAGUAUCCUGGAGCUGAACAAGGUGAAUUUGCUUUGGAUGACCUGGGAACUGGCUUAGUCAGAGGUCCUGAUUGAUAGCCCCUGAACUGAACUUCUGGGAAAGCACUGACCUUCCACCUGGAGUCCAUCGUUGGCUGUGGAGGUCAAGGUUGGCCAAUAAUACAAAUAGACCAGGGUCCUUUGGACCCUUUAGCGUCAGCUGUCUCAUUGAAGUCCCAAGAGCUCUAAAGGCGGAGGAGCACCAUGGAGGGCGACUGUCUGAGCUGCAUGAAGUAUCUGAUGUUUGUUUUCAAUUUCUUCAUAUUUCUGGGGGGUGCCUGCCUGCUGGGUAUCGGGAUCUGGGUCAUGGUGGACCCUACUGGGUUUCGAGAGAUUGUGGCUGCUAACCCCCUCCUCUUCACGGGUGCCUACAUCCUGCUGGCCAUGGGAGCCCUGCUUUUCCUACUCGGUUUCCUAGGCUGCUGUGGAGCCAUCCGGGAAAACAAGUGUUUGCUACUCUUCUUUUUCCUGUUCAUCUUGUUAAUAUUCUUGGCAGAGCUCUCAGCAGCCAUCCUGGCCUUCAUCUUCAGAGAAAAUCUGACAAGAGAGUUUUUCACCAAGGAGCUGACCAAGCAUUAUCAGGGAAGCAAUGAGACAGAUGUCUUCUCCGCUACCUGGAACUCAGUCAUGAUCACGUUUGGUUGCUGUGGGGUCAAUGGACCUGAAGAUUUUAAGGCCGCCCCAGUUUACCGCCUCCUGAAUUUCAAUGGAGAUGAGGUCCCAGAGGCCUGCUGCCGGAGAGAGCCCCAGAGCCGGGAUGGCCUGCUGGUCAACAGGGAGGAGUGCCUCUUGGGAAGAGAUCGCUCCUUGAACAAACAGGGCUGUUACACUGUGAUCCUCAAUUCCUUUGAGACGUAUGUAUAUCUUGCUGGAGCCCUCGCCAUCGGUGUGUUGGCUAUUGAGCUGUUCGCCAUGAUCUUUGCCAUGUGCCUCUUCCGAGGGAUCCAGUAAAGAGGAUCCUACCACUCCCAUUCCUGGUGAUUGCUAACCCUGCCUUGCCUCCUCCCUUCCCUAUGGUCCCCACCCCUGCCUGCCUGCCUGAUCCAGACAAAGCAAAGCUGGCAGGGGGCGGGUGGUGGGGAUGGAGAGAAGUUGGGCAGUAAAUAGCUAUUUUUUUUAACAAGAAGAAAUGAAGAAA